AUGUUUUGUGUGGCGCCACCUGAAUCAGAAGCCAAGAUGAACAUAACCAAAGGGGGUCUGGUGUUGUUUUCAGCAAAUUCAAAUUCAUCGUGUAUGGAGCUUUCAAAGAAGAUCGCUGAGCGGCUGGGGGUGGAGAUGGGCAAGGUGCAGGUUUAUCAGGAGCCUGACCGAGAAACAAGAGUACAAAUUCAAGAAUCUGUGAGGGGAAAAGAUGUUUUCAUCAUUCAGACUGUUUCAAAGGACGUGAAUACCACCAUCAUGGAGCUCCUGAUCAUGGUGUAUGCCUGUAAGACCUCCUGUGCCAAGAGCAUCAUCGGCGUGGUCCCCUACUUCCCCUACAGCAAGCAGUGCAAGAUGAGAAAGAGGGGCUCCAUCGUUUCCAAGCUGCUAGCCUCCAUGAUGUGCAAAGCUGGUCUGACUCACCUCAUUACUAUGGAUUUACACCAGAAGGAAAUCCAGGGCUUCUUCAAUAUUCCUGUUGACAACUUGAGAGCAUCUCCCUUCCUCUUACAGUACAUUCAGGAGGAGAUCCCAGACUACAGGAAUGCAGUCAUCGUGGCCAAGUCUCCGGCCUCAGCCAAGAGGGCCCAGUCUUUCGCCGAGCGCCUGCGACUGGGCAUUGCGGUGAUUCAUGGGGAAGCACAGGACGCAGAGUCCGACCUGGUGGACGGGCGGCACUCCCCGCCCAUGGUCAGGAGCGCAGCCGCCAUCCACCCCAGCCUGGAGAUCCCCAUGCUGAUUCCUAAAGAAAAGCCCCCGAUCACAGUUGUUGGUGACGUGGGAGGAAGGAUCGCCAUCAUCGUGGAUGACAUCAUCGAUGAUGUAGACAGCUUCCUGGCCGCCGCGGAGACCCUAAAGGAGAGGGGUGCAUAUAAGAUCUUCGUGAUGGCGACCCACGGCCUGCUGUCCUCUGACGCCCCCCGACUGAUCGAGGAGUCUGCCAUCGAUGAGGUGGUGGUUACCAAUACAAUUCCACAUGAAAUCCAGAAGCUCCAGUGCCCCAAAAUCAAAACUGUGGAUAUCAGCAUGACCCUCUCGGAAGCCAUCCGUCGGAUUCACAAUGGGGAGUCCAUGUCCUACCUUUUCAGAAACAUAGGUUUAGAUGACUGA